AUGCUUUUUUCUGCCGUAGUUUCUUCGGCUUUGCUGUUUGGGGGUGGUGCCGUUGCGCAGUCGACGCCUCCGGGCUUUGUGCCGGCUGUGAAUAAGACGCUGGAUGUUUAUUAUGGAAGUACUUACAUUACUCCCGGUCUGCUGGUGCGGAAGUCUGUCACUGCAAAGGCACCCACCAUUGGUGUCACUGGCGAGACACUGACUGGCAAGUACCUGCUGGCGAUGAUCGGUAAGUUAAAACCCUCAAGCCGGACCGGACGCACCACAGUCCUCCACGCCCUCCUGCAAGACUACACCCCAUCCGGUCAAGUCCAGAACGGCACAAACGUUCUUACCACCAAGGCAACUGGACCGUCAUCAUACUUCGGUCCGGCACCACCCGCUGAGACUCCCAAGCACCCGCAUAACUAUAUCUUCCUCUUGCAUGAGCAGCCGUCGAACUUCGCGGUCCCUGCUGCCCAUAGACAGGUUGUGCAGAGCAGGCUCGGCAUUGACUGGUCCAAGUUCAUGAAGGAUGCAGGGCUCAGUGAUCCGUUGUAUGCGAAUUACCUCCAGGUGCAGAGCGGCGAUAACACCAAGAGAGAGAUUAAGUUCGAGGCAUAAGUAUUCGGCCUUUUCAAGGGACCAUGCCAUAAAAGAUUCCCAUUGUUGGGGGGACAUCUUG